AUGAAGGAAUCAUUAAGUGAUAUGAAUAAUCGCUUCAACAACCAAUUAAACGAGUUAAAAACCAAAAAGGCUAAAGAAGUAGCAUAUGGUCUUUUAGAUAUUUUUACAAUUUUCGGUGCACCAAGUAUUCUACAAAGCGAUAAUGGCAGAGAAUUCGCCAAUAAUAUCAUCAAACAAAUGUGUAAUAUGCGGUCCGAGUUAAAAAUGGUGCAUGGAAAGCCCAGGCACUCACAAAGUCAGGGUUCAGUAGAAAGAUGUAAUCAAGACGUAGAAAAUAUGCUUAGUUCUUGGUUGGAGAUUAACAAUACUAACAAAUGGUCGGAAGGAUUACGUUUUGUACUAAUGAUGAAAAAUUGA